AUAGCAAUUGCCUUGACGAAGCAACAUCAGUAUACUUUAGUCCUGCUUAUAUGAUGCGGUAGCGAGCCAGGCGAGUGUUGUAAAGCACCCUGCGUGUGCACCGACAAAUGAGGCUGGACAGGGCUGGCGUAACGGACGGGGAGGGGUGAAUGGCCGCAUCAUGGCCAACCACUCGCUCUCCUCGCAUGGUAGCUCGUGAAAUCAUUCCAGACCAUCAUCGUCAGCGGAACGGUGCUUUCCGAUCUCCGAUACUUGUAUCGCAUCAACGUUUUCGUCUGAUUUGCAUGAUGACGCUCAGAGACUGGAGGAAUUGUUGCUUUUCGUCCCUCUUCAAUUGUUGAUCGAGUAUAAAGAUCUAGUUAGGAACCAUCGCGUAAAGGACGACCACCUCUAGCCAUGUUAGCCGCCACAUGUGACAGAGUCGCUGAGGGGAGUCCAGAGAGUUUCCCAGAUCCACCCAAGGCAAAAGGUUUCCACCCCUUCAAGAGAACGACACCAAGUUCAUCUGUUCUGACUAGUGAACAUGCAACGUCCAGAUUCGCCGGUAUGACGGCCCCCGGAAGUAUGCUUGGCGCAUCUUUUCCGUAUCCUCUGGCACCAAGUAGUUCACUUACCUCACCAUUUUCAGGAGAAUUAUUCUUCUCACGAAAAUCUGAACCUAGAAUCCCAAUUGCUACUGAGACACCAAAGUCAAACACCUCACCAUAUGGACACAAAACCGGGUUUAGCUCGGAGACAGAGCAUUUGGCAGGUAUCCUACCUCCUCAACUUUGUGGACAUUCUGCUUAUGAAUCGUGGCUGAAAGCGGCAACAUCUGCGUCAGUGUUAUCGCGAGAGAACGGUGUUCCUGGCUUCAGUCCCGCCUUUUGGGGUUUACCGGGUGCCCAGGCUAGUUUGCUGGACCUUCAUAGCAGUGCAGGCACUCUACCUUCACAUUUUGGCAAGAUGCCAACAUGUUCCACCGCGUCAGACUGUAACGCAUUGGCUCUGAGCCAUUCAGUUUUACCAUAUCCGCCGCUUACUACUGCAAAUCCAUCUCUCUUUAGCCCAUCACAUCUGUUUCCUCCAAGUAGUUUCAACUCAUUCUUACCUCCUGGUUACGAUAUUAUGAGCCUGACAGAGAUGCGAUCCUCCUUCUUUGGACCAGCUGGACUCGGACUUUCACUGUCAAGAGCAAGUCGCCGUUACAGCGGCAGGGCAACUUGCGAUUGUCCGAACUGUCAGGAAAACGAACGAUUAGCCGCAGCCGGUCAACCCAUACGAAAGAAAAAUAUCCACAGUUGUCACAUUCCGGGGUGUGGUAAGAUUUAUGGGAAGACAUCGCACCUGAAGGCGCAUCUUCGAUGGCAUACGGGUGAACGUCCCUUCGUAUGUAACUGGCUUUUCUGCGGUAAGCGUUUCACUCGGUCCGAUGAGCUCCAACGUCAUCUUCGUACGCAUACAGGAGAGAAGCGGUUUGCUUGCCCAACGUGUAACAAACGCUUCAUGCGAAGCGAUCACCUCAGUAAGCACGUCAAAACCCAUCAGAACAAUAACAACAACAGUGGAAAUGCCAACAGCGGUAAUGCCUCUAGUAAAGCAGCGGGAGAAACAGGAAAGAUAUCACCGAUUAAGAAGUUAGCAAGUGUCGGUAGCAGCGAAGCGGAAUCGAGCCCUAGCGGUACAGAGGGGUCACCGUCACCGGCGUCUACGGGACCGGGACCUAUUAGCAUGUCCGUUCCACAGUCAGCUGCCCUCAAAAUAGCAACACCAUAGCAGUAUACAAUAAACUGGACUUUUGAAUUCAAAUGACUCCUCAGUGUAUUAUAGACUUGGAGUAUGAUGUGAAACAAUUUUCCUUUUAGUUUUUAAAACUAAUAGAUACAUCUGGCAUCAAUACGUCGUUAUUAAGAGCUGCAAGGCUGAAAGCAAAAAUCAGAGAUUGUUGUGGAAUCACCUUACCAAGUUUUUGUAUGGAAUCCUUUGAUUUUCAAUCAUAAUUUCUACCAUUCCAUUCCCCUGAAAACACACUUAAUGGCACUUUUCACUCAUAUGAAUAUUAUUUUAAUGUAAUUAUGAUUAUUCCUCUUGCAUAAGAAGUCACAAAACAGCUGGAAGUAAAGCAGGUUUUUUAUCAUAUUUAUUUGGGAAACUAUUCCUCUUAUUUUCUAUCCUGAAAUAUCAAUAUGUAAUAUUGUUAGAAAAAAAUCUUUAGUGUAUCCCAGUGCAUUACGCAACAACACCAACAACUCCAUGACACGACCUCAAGGUCUGUAAUCUAUGAACAAGCACAAUCCAUAUCGACAUCUUUGCAAUUGAUUCUAUGUACUAGCAUAUUUCAAAUCCUUACUGCAUAUCAUGUACAGUUGCCUGGUCGUACAUUCAUUCAGUAAGAUAUUAAUUUUCUCUCUUUCUAAAGUACGAGGUCUUAUUGUAAGAAAAAAAAAAUAUUUUAUCUUUUGGUAUUCUUUCAUCUCUUUUCAGGAAAUUUAAGCUGUUUCAUCCUGAAAGGAUGUUUUCUUAUUCUUAAAUACUUUGAUCGUACAAAAAGUUCUACAGAUCGUUUCGAUAUUUUUAACGCCACUGUUUCCAUAAACUUCUCCUGAAAUGGGUUUUAUUAUAUUGAUGAAAUAGUAAGGGUAGACGAGAAUAACCUUGUGUAAUACCAACUUUUUAUGCAGUUUACAACAAAAACAUAACUAUGAUUUCCUAUGUAUUGCGUAUAAAUACUGUAGCGAUUCUCUACUCACCUUAAACCGUCAUAUACUUCCUAAAUGUUUAUCUGUUUUAAAGUGGGAAGAGAAAGAUACUUUAAAACGGAAUAAUAUCCACCGUUAGUCGGUGACUGAAAUCGUUCUUUUGAAAGCGUCAUACUCUAUUAUUUGUUCGGGAGAGAUAAACUCUCCCGGUUAAAUCUGAAUAAUACCAUAUUUUGUGGACGGGAAGGGUCUGAAGGAGAUUUAGGAAUAUUACAUUUGAUUUGCCUCACCAAUGAAUCUUUGGAUUAUAUGCUGCUUCUAAAAGAGAAGAUGCAAUUUUUCAUUCGAGGUAUCGACUGUCAUUAACCAGGUUAACACCGGAUCCUUCCCGAUCGACUUUUUCUUCCGUCAAGAUGAGCGCCUUAAGAAAAGAUAAUACCUUCCUUGACAGUGAGAAUAUCAGAAAAAGAAUAGCCAUUAUCAACCCUCCCAAUAUGGCGAUAAUGGCUACUUUCUAACACCCCUGUUCUGAAACAUAAGGAUAAAGAUGGCAUUAUUGUAGGCCGACUCGAUUUGGCGGGGGUUAAGCGAUAAGCCAUGCCUUGCGUCUUCACGUUCAAGUCUCCAAAUGUCAGGAGAGUUUGAACGGCUGUUUUUCGCGCGUAGCCGUAUGAGAAGAAAGGUAGAGAAGGAGGAGAGAGAAACGGAAAGAAGAAAGGACACAAGAGGAAACGAUAGAGGUUUUAGAAAAUGGCAGGCGAGAAAAAAAUAUGGUGUAGUUAAUAAAGACGUAUGGUUGAGAAGACGCGAGAUGACAGCGAGGGGUUAUUGCGCGUUUAGUAGAUACCCGUGGCGUGACUUCUGGUGAAGUCUUUCCAACAAAUUAACCCAGGGCGAGGAGCUCGAGCUUGAGAAACGGUAGCUAACUACAGCCAAAGUCGCGUUCAGCAGCAUAGAAACACUUUCAUGACCUGUUCAGAUUGUUCAGGUAUAUAUUGUCCAGUGUUUUUAGCUGUAUACUUUAGGAUGUUUCUACCGUAUUCGUUCAAGCGAUGGGUGGUAGGCCUACUGCUUUUGGAAUAUAACCCAAACGAGUUCCUGCUCUCAGAUUUUCGCUCCGCCAAGAUUUCUCUCUAUAUUUUUUAUGUAUAUGUAUAUAUAUAUAUAUAUAUAUAUAUAUAUAUAUUAACCUAUGUUUUAAUUUCUCUCUCCCCCUCUUCCAUUCUGUCUGUCUGUCUACCUUUCUAUCCUUACGCCAUUGCCACCUUAUCUCCGUUCGCUUCAUCUAUCCACAAUUAAGAAAAAUCGGAUGUGAAUAACGUGCUUGGCGAUAAUACUUUCAUCUUGCUGUAUAGCCUCAGAUCUAUCUUUUGGAU